AGGGAGGGUCUAGUGAGUCAGUGUCAGUGACGGGACCUACCGGUGAAUGAACUAUAGCGUUACACGCACAAGGUGUGUGUACGGCAUUUCUUGUACGUCUUCACUGAAUACCAGUGCGCCAAUCAGUACCAAACAUUAUUUGUAAAGAAAGUAAACGAUAUGGAGAACGAUCUGCCAACCACGGGGAACAUUAGCCUGGACGAUGCUGUCAAACAAUGGCUGCAAUUUGACAAGAAUCCAAAGACCAUUGCUGCCGUCAGGGGCUUGCUAAAAGAGGGGGCUGUUUCAGAGCUUCAGACUUGCUUUGGGGCCCGGAUGGAAUUCGGCACGGCUGGCCUGAGGGCCCCCAUGGGACCUGGUGUCUCCCGCAUGAACGACCUCACCAUCAUCCAAACCACUCAGGGGUUCUGCAGCUAUCUGGAGGGAAGUCUUCCAGACCUGAAGGAGAAAGGGGUAGUAAUAGGGUUCGAUGCCCGCGCUCAUCCCCCAAGUGGUGGCAGUAGCAAGAGGUUUGCCACUCUCGCUGCUACGGUUUUCAUCAACAGAGGAGUGCCCGUUUACCUAUUUUCUGACAUAACACCCACACCUUUUGUGCCAUUCACUGUGUCUCAUCUCGGUCUUUGUGCUGGCAUCAUGGUGACAGCCUCCCACAACCCCAAGCAGGAUAAUGGCUACAAGGUGUACUGGAAUAAUGGUGCCCAGAUCAUCCCACCCCAUGAUAAGGGAAUCUCCACUGCAAUAGAAAAGAGCUUGGAGCCAUGGUCCAAGUCCUGGAACACAGAAGAAGCCAUGAAGAACCCGUUACUAAAAGAUCCUUACCAGGACAUCCACAGCGAGUAUUUCAGUGCAAUACAGAAACACUGCUUUCACAGAGAAAUCAAUCAAAAGUCAGAGGUGAAGAUUGUGCACACCUCGGUGCAUGGUGUUGGCCACACAUUUGUGCAGGCAGCCUUUAAGGCAUUUGACCUUCAACCUCCAUUUGCAGUUCAGGAGCAAAAGGACCCAGACCCUGAGUUCCCCACUGUUAAAUACCCCAACCCAGAGGAAGGAGAAGGGGUUUUAACUCUGUCGUUUGCUCUAGCUGACAAGGAGGGUGCCACCGUUGUGCUGGCCAAUGAUCCUGAUGCAGAUCGCCUGGCUGUGGCUGAGAAGCAGACAAGUGGCCAUUGGAGAGUGUUUUCAGGAAAUGAGCUGGGAGCUCUUUUGGGCUGGUGGGUUUUUCAGUGCUGGAAGAAGCAACAGAAAGCAGCCCAGUUGAAAGAGACUGUGAAGGACGUCUACAUGCUGGCCAGCACAGUUUCCUCUAAGAUUCUAAGAGCCAUCGCCAUUAAAGAAGGCUUCCAUUUUGAGGAGACUCUCACCGGAUUUAAAUGGAUGGGGAACAGAGCCAAGGAGCUGCUGGAGCAGGAGAAAACGGUGCUUUUUGCAUUUGAAGAGGCCAUAGGUUACAUGUGCAGCCCUGCAGUGCUCGAUAAAGAUGGCGUGAGUGCAGCAGCCAUCGCAGGAGAGUUCAUCUCCUACCUGGCAACCCAGAACACCACACUCUCUCAACAGCUCAAGGCUAUCUAUGAGGAGUACGGUUAUCACAUCACCAAAAACUCCUACUUCAUCUGCCAUGAUCAGAAGACUAUUAGUCAGCUUUUUGAGCGGCUGAGGAACUUCAGCGGUCCCAACACGUAUCCUAAGGAAUGUGGGGGCAUAUCUGUCACUGCAGUGCGAGACCUGACCACAGGGUUUGACAGCAGCCAGCCCAGCAACACAGCUGUUCUGCCCACCAGUAAGAGCAGUCAGAUGGUCACCUUCACAUUUGCUAAUGGUGGGGUAGCCACCAUGCGCACCAGUGGAACUGAACCGAAGAUCAAAUACUACACUGAGCUGUGUGCUGCUCCAGGGAAUAGUGAUGUGGAACAGCUAAAGGCAGAGCUGGAUAGGCUUGUUGAUGCCAUUGUAGAGAACUUCUUCCAGCCCACGAAGAACAACCUGAUCCCACGGUCAGACUGAGGAUGAAAAAGAGAGCAAAUCACAAAGGACUGUAAUGUUGUUAACAUUGCCCUGCCAUUCUGCUACUUUUAUACCACUAAAAAUUACCCAUUUUGAGAGUACACCAGUGGUUCCCCGACAUGUCAUGGCAGCCCCCUUAAACAAAAAUUAGAAAAUAAUUGUUUAAUUUCUACACAAUAAUAAUAAUCCAGAUUUAAUCCAGAAGAGAAUAAUGAGUGUGUGGAGAGAUCCAAAGGUGGAAGCAGUUUGAGGGCUGAUACUGAAUUGCUUCACAAUAGUUUGUUGAAGAGACUAGUAAAUAAUUCUGUAAUUUAUUUGGAGACGCAAUGUGAUUCCCCACGAAGCAAUCAGUGUGAGUUUCCAAUGAAUUUGGAUGUAGUUCAGCUUUGACCAGUACCCUACUUGGUUGUUUAGGGUUGAUGUCCCGGCUCCACAGGUUGGGAACCACUGGAGUAUAGUGAGCUCACUUAAUAUAUUGUCCUCUGGACAAUGUUAUUUAUUAUUAAUUAUGUUUUUUCUAAUUUGUGAUGAUGCUGGAUUUUCUGUGAGUAAUUAUCUAAUUACUGUUUUAAGUCUUAAAGCAACCAAAAGAGCCUUUGACCUUGACACUGUUAUUGCAUAAGGGAUCAGUUCUAUAUGACUCUGCUCUGAACUACUAUACAUGUUUAUAAUGAGCAAUCUCUCGGGCAUGAACAUGGUUGAUGUGCCAGUAGAUCUAGAGCAAGAUUACGGUUGUUCAGGAUUUCAUUACUUGCUGACUUGAUAUAUGAUUGAUAUAGAUACACUUAAGUGUGCUUUUGUUUUGUGUUUUGUCUUGGGCACAAUUGUCAUUGCUAUUUUAUCACCAGUAGUUUUCUGUGGUGUGUAUCGAUAUGUGUUUUUGUUUAUGGAUUUUUUUAAAAAUUAUUAUUAUUAUUCCUGGUAUGGCUUGAUGUAUUCCAGACAUAUGCAAACAUUUCAUGAGAGGCGUGUAUGGACAUGUUUCAUAUCAAGUUCAUUCCAUAUAUACAUAUACUCCCAAGAAUCUAAAACAUGGUGUCUUAACUCAUGAAAUGGCCAUUCCAGAAAGUAGCCCAAGUGUGUGUUCAUGUUCACCUAAGGAUGGACACUGAUCUUCCAGAAAUUCGAGAAAUGUGCAUUGCCUAGUCAUCUGGUGGACACUGUACCGUGCACAACAAGCAGUAAUAUAGUCAAUCUAAACUGUAAACUUGUCAUUUUGUGUGUAUGUCAGUGUAACAUUUUUUACUUUUCAUCCUCACAGUAAUGCAAUUGAUGCAUAGUGAAACAACUUUUAGUCAAGUGAUAUUGGCACAGGGUGUUGGUUCACUGUAAUCAUUGAGGACCUCAAGGACUAGAAGAAUACCUCCACCUAGUGGCGAUUUUAUUAAUGUGUGAAAUCAACAGGUGCUACUGUAGAUCAAUGGGCCUACAGAACAGGCCGACCAGCAUACUGCACUCUAUGCUUUAACCCCAUUUAAGUUAAUGUCAUUGCUUGAAGCAACUGAACUGCUAACCCAAAAACUACACGUAGGCUACUGAUCCGAACAAGGUUACAAAA